AUGUUCCUCCUUCGCAGAGUGCUGAAUCUACCAGCUCCUGAGCGAGACACAAGCGAAGAAAGUAAGAAACUACAAAUCGUGAGGCAAAAAAAGAAAAAGUCGAAUGUUUCUGCUAAGAAGAAAAGGGAGCCAAGCGAUGAUUGCAAAACGGCAAUGGUGCAAAACGAGACAUCGACCCGUUCAGCAAUUCAGGCAGAUGCUGAGGCAGAAAAGCGCGAAGCGAGAAAGGCAAAACGUUUACAGGUAAAAGUGUUUGUGGAAGAAACCCUGAAGAAAGGUGUUAAAGGAUUAGUAGCAGAAUUCAAAGGCAUGAAACGUAGCAAUGAUUUCACGGUAAUGACAGCAUUCGUAGCGGAAAUUCCAAAUGGAAGAAAUCGAUAUAAGGAUGUUGGAUGCUUGGAUAAUCGUCGGGUAGUGCUAAACAUUGGCAGCACGUCUUAUAUACAUGCAAAUUACGUUUCAACACCGAAUAAUUCAAAAAGGUUUAUUUGCACUCAGGCUCCGCUCCCAAAGACGUGCCCCGAAUUUUGGUGUAUGGUAGUACAAGAAAAAUCUUCCUCUGUUUUGAUGCUAUGCAAUUUCGUCGAGCAGAACGCAAAAAAAUGUGCGGAAUACUACCCUACUCAAGAAGGACAAACUCUCCAGUUUGAUGAUGGCGUAAGCGUAACGUGCAAAGGGCAGGAUGAUUUCCCAUUCCCCAUGGAAACAAAAGUGAAAAUUCGAGUGACUCACUUGGAAGUCAACGUCAGUGGCCAACCAAUGCAUGAAUGCGAUCACUAUCAGUGGGUCGAUUGGCCGGACCGUGGUGUACCUGAAGCUGAUUUGGCUCCAAUAGCUCUUUUAGCGAAGUUGAAGGAAAGCACAGCUCCCAUCAUUGUCCAUUGCUCCGCUGGCAUUGGUCGCACUGGCUGUAUGGUGCUGAUUGAGCAUGCUAUGGAAUUAUUGCACAACAACGAACCAUUGCUUGAGAUUAAUGGCUACCUACUGGAAUUGCGUAAGCAACGGAACAACAGCAUCCAGACAGAGCAACAGUAUCUCUAUGUGCAUCAAGUGCUAUUAUUGUAUUUGAAAAAAGCUAAAUAUCUUGACGAUGUUGUGGAUCCGUAUUUGGAGUCAUUUACAAAGGACUAUGAGGCAGCCACUAAAGGAUUUUGAAACAUAAACAGAAGAAGACAGUCAUGAUUGUGAUCAAAUGCUUCACGUAUUAUUAAUUGAUUACUGAACAAUUUUGUCGACUCACUACGGUUACGCAUCUCCUAUUAAAAGU